GCUGCAGCCGGAGCGCGCUUUGCUUGUGUCUCGCUCCCGCGAGAGAUUAGAGCAGGCCGGGGUUAAGAUGGCGGCGCCCGUGCUGAGAGUGUCUGUGCCGCGGUGGGAGAGCGGGGCCCGGUAUGCCGUGUGCGUUCUCGGUAUCGUUAUAUCCCUCUAUGCUUUCCACGUGGAGAGAGAAAAGGAGCGGGACCCCGGCUACCAGGCCAUGUGCGACCUUAACGAAUGGGUGCGCUGCUCCACCGUCCUCUCAUCCAGAUGGGGUCGAGGAUUUGGACUUUUUGGGUCCAUAUUUGGAAACGAUAGUGUAAUGAAUCAACCAAACAGUGUCUUUGGUCUUAUAUUUUAUCUACUACAGAUGCUGCUCGGUAUGACAGUGAGUGCGGUAGCAGCACUAGUGUUAAUGAGCUCGUCUAUAGUGUCGGUAGUAGGAUCCCUCUACCUAGCAUACAUCCUGUACUUUGUACUAAAGGACUUCUGUGUUAUCUGCGUCACCACCUAUUUGCUGAACUUCAUUCUCCUUAUCAUCAAUUACAAACGAUUAGUUUACUUGAACGAGGCCUGGAAACAGCAACUGCAGGAUAAACAAGAAUGAGAGGCCUCCUGAACUCUGGCUCACGUCUGAAGGACACUGCUUCCUUAAAGUUUAUUUUGCAGUACAAUUGGUUGGGGGACAGACGGUUUCCAAGAACAAUCUUAACCAAUGUUUUUUUUUUUUUUUUUUUUUUUUUACUUUUGACCGAAAGGGCCCUGGAUAUUUGUAUGUUUGCAAUGGAGCCUCCCAUUUGAAAUGGCUGGAUGAAGGAGCGAUAAUGAAUAAAACCGAAAAAAAGGAGAAAAAAAAAAAAAGUGGCAAGCUUUAACUGUACUUACCAAGGUGUUUCGUUUAAUGGCACAUUCUCUGUUCUUGUGUUCUUGGCGAUAUUUUUCCCUCCUUUGUGCCUCCCUCUCUUUGUAUAUGUAUGUGUGUCAAUCCUUCAAUGCGGGUAAUUUCUUUUUAUUGUGGCUGAUUGGUUACGAUGUGUAUUUUGUUGCUACCAUUGGUAUUUUAGGUUGCCAUCUGUGGCUCUUCGCUGGUAUUUCAUGUAUUUUCAAAGAACAAUAUUAGGAGCCAAAUCCGACGACCAGGCAUUUCUAUGCACAUUGAGUAGAACUAAAACCACGUCCUGCUUGCUACCAGCACCUUGAAGGAUUUUGCUAUGUGCGAAAGCCAAUUGAAAGCAGCAUUUUGCACUAGCUUCAGUCAAGAAUGACUUUAGAAACGGCUGUGGACUUCUGGUCCGGCAAGCACAGUGCAAGGUUUCAUGAGGUUGGGUAAUGUGUGAGUAGGUUGACCUUCAUAGCUUUGAGAGUUAAGUGUUACUGAUGAGCGUACAUGGUGGGUGUUGAAUAGUCAUGUAUUGUCCCACAGAAUCCAGGACCAAGAAAAGUGCUUGUGCUGGGCACUUACAUGUAGACCUCUUACUGAUCCAGCAUCUCUCCAAUGCACCAGUAUAAAGCUGCUUAUGACACCUCCAUAAUAUACUGUCCCAUGUGACUGCUCUCCAUUACUGGUACCUCCAAACGGUUGCAGCACUACUGACAUAUAAUCGCCCCUGCCAAAUGCAGAUCAUGUCUGGUCGUCUUGCUCCAUUUUACCACACGGCGGUAAGACUUUGGACUGCCUGCCCUCAAUAAGAUUACUAUGCAGCUCAUUAAUACUGUCAUACGUGUGGAUCUUUUGUAUAGGACCUUUUUCACCCAUCAUCGGUAUCCUCUAACUGCAGUGUAGUGUAAUACACUGAGGAUUUUUUUCACCUGGUUUAAGUGCUGCCUGUCAAAUACCAUAACCGGUAUACGUAAAUCUUGUUAUUGUGCCUGAUGAGACCGUUUUUGUAGUAAGAAUGGAUCUCACGUAGAGCUUAGCAUUUAACAUUCCAUCAUGACUUGGAAGGGUUAUGAUCUUGGUCGUCUAAGAGAAUGAAUCGCUAUAUUUUGGUGCAGUGGAAUAUACAGGGAUUUGAUACCUGGAAAGAUAUGGUCAUCUUUGGGGGAAAUUGUACAGAUCAGUGAUUGCCUUCUGCCACAGGUUGUCAGGGCAUGCUGGAGGAGUUAGAGAACCACGACGUGUCAGACUACUGGUCUAGAUGGUGUUACUUUUACAGUUGUGGGCUCAGGUUAUUCAUCGACCAGAGCUCCGCCUGCCCCUUGAAUAGAUGACGUGUUCCUUAGCACAGUAUCCUAAUCUACUGCAGAAGAAAUAUGUGCUUCUUGGGCUUGACAGAUGACUCAUCAAAUGUUAGUCAUUUUGUACUGGCCUGAAGUCUGAGCAUAAGAUGCAGUCCAAAGGAAUACAUUGAGUUGUAUGCAAUCCUGUGAACUGCAGCUGUCGCUCAACAGUUAAUCUGUAAAGGUACAAAAAGACUGUUGCUUAGGCUACUUUCACGCUUGCGUUUUGGGCGGAUCCGUCAUGGAUCUGUUACAAUAAUACAACCGCAUGCGUCCGUCAUGAACGGAUCCGUUUGUAUUCUCUGUAACACAGCCAAG